AUGAGUGGAUUAGGAGACAACUCCUUGGAUCCUCUGGCCACUGAUUCACGGAAACGCAAAUUGCCAUGUGACAACCCAGGACAAGGUCAUACUUGCAGUGGUGAAAAGUGGAGAAGGGAGCAGGAAAGUAAAUAUAUUGAAGAGUUGGCUGAGCUGAUAUCUGCUAAUCUCAGUGAUAUUGACAAUUUCAAUGUCAAACCAGAUAAAUGUGCAAUUUUAAAGGAAACAGUAAGACAGAUACGUCAAAUAAAAGAGCAAGGAAAAGCGAUUUCCAGUGAUGAUGAUGUUCAGAAAGCUGAUGUAUCUUCUACUGGACAAGGAGUUAUUGAUAAAGAUUCCUUAGGGCCACUUUUACUGCAGGCACUGGAUGGUUUCCUUUUUGUGGUGAAUCGAGACGGAAACAUUGUAUUUGUGUCAGAAAAUGUCACACAAUACCUGCAAUAUAAGCAAGAGGACUUGGUCAAUACAAGUGUCUACAGUAUUUUACAUGAAGAAGACAGAAAGGAUUUUCUUAAAAACUUGCCAAAAUCUACAGUUAAUGGAGUUACCUGGACAAAUGAGACACAGAGACAAAAAAGCCAUACAUUUAAUUGCCGUAUGUUAAUGAAAGCACCACACGAUAGUCUGGAAGACGUAAGCACCAGCCCUGAACUACGUCAGCGAUAUGAAACAAUGCAGUGCUUUGCCCUGUCCCAGCCACGUGCCAUGAUGGAGGAAGGGGAAGAUUUGCAGUCCUGUAUGAUCUGUGUGGCACGCCGCAUUACCACAGGAGAAAGAGUGUUCCCGUCAAAUCCAGAGAGCUUCAUUACUCGACAUGACCUUUCAGGAAAAGUUGUCAAUAUAGAUACAAAUUCUCUGAGAUCCUCCAUGAGGCCUGGCUUUGAAGAUAUAAUCCGAAGGUGUAUCCAGAGGUUUUUCAGUCUGCAUGAUGGGCAGGCAUGGUCCCAGAAACGUCACUACCAAGAAGCUUACAUCCAUGGGCAUGCAGAAACCCCAGUGUACCGCUUCUCUUUGGCUGAUGGGACUCUAGUGACUGCACAAACGAAAAGCAAACUCUUCCGAAAUCCCGUAACAAAUGAUCGUCAUGGCUUUGUUUCCACCCACUUUCUUCAGAGAGAACAGAAUGGCUAUAGACCCAACCCCAAUUCUCAUGGACAAGGCACUAGGCCUCCUUUAACUGGAUGCAACAGUUCAGUAGGUGGCAUGAGCAUGUCACCGAACCAAGGCUUACAGAUGCUGAGCGGCAGGACCUAUGGCCUUGCAGAGCCCAGUACCUCAGGGCAGCUGAGUGGAGCUAGGUAUGGAGGCGCCAGUAACAUCGCUUCCAUGAACCCUGGGCCAAGCAUGCAGUCACCACCUUCCUACCAGAACAACAACUAUGGGCUCAGCAUGAGUAGCCCCCCUCAUGGGAGUCCUGGUCUUGGUUCCAACCAGCAGAAUAUCAUGAUCUCACCUCGUAACCGUGGGAGUCCAAAGAUGGCCUCACAUCAGUUUUCCCCUGUUGCAGGCGUGCACUCUCCCAUGGGAUCUUCUGGCCAUGCCGGUAGCCAUAGCUUUUCCAGUAGCUCUCUCAGUGCCCUGCAGGCUAUCAGCGAGGGUGUGGGGACUUCACUUUUAUCUACCCUGUCUUCACCAGGCCCUAAGCUGGAUAACUCUCCCAAUAUGAACAUAACCCAGCCAAGUAAAGUCAACAGCCAGGAUUCCAAGAGUCCUCUCGGCUUAUAUUGUGACCCGAAUCCCGUGGAGAGUUCAGUGUGUCCAUCCAAUAGUAGGGAUCAUCUCAAUGACAAAGAAAGUAAAGAGAGCAGUGUUGAAGGGUCAGAUACUCAAAGGGGGGGUCCACUGGAAAGCAAAGGCCAUAAGAAAUUACUGCAGUUGCUUACCUAUUCUUCGGAUGAUCGGGGCCAUUCCUCCUUGACCAGCUCUCCCCUGGAUCCGAGUUGCAAAGACUCCGCCCUGAGUGUCACCAGCCCUUCUGGAGUUUCCUCCUCCACGUCAGGAGGCGUGUCCUCCACAUCCAAUGUGCAUGGGUCACUGUUGCAAAAGAAACACAGGAUUUUGCACAAGUUGCUGCAGAAUGGGAAUUCUCCAGCGGAAGUAGCUAAGAUUACAGCAGAAGCCACCGGGAGGGACACCAACAGUACAGCGCCUUGUGGGGAUGGAAACGUCAAGCAGGAGCAGCUGAGUCCGAAGAAGAAGGAAAAUAACGCGCUCCUCAGAUACCUGCUGGACCGGGAUGAUCCUAGUGACCCCCUCUCCAAAGAGCUCCAGCCCAAAGCGGAAGGCAUUGAUAACAAGACGAGCCAGUGUGGCAGCUCCACCAUUCCUAACUCGAGUCAAGAAAAAGACUCGAAAAUUAAGGCAGAGACAAAUGAAGAGGGCCCUGGAGACUUAGAUAAUUUAGAUGCUAUUCUUGGUGAUCUGACUAGUUCAGAUUUCUACAGUAAUUCUGUAUCCUCAAAUGGUAGUAAUCUGGGAACCAAGCAACAAAUAUUUCAAGGAACUAAUUCUCUGGGUUUGAGAAGUCCACAAUCUGUGCAGGCCAUUCGUCCUCCCUAUAACCGAGCGAUGUCUCUGGAUAGCCCAGUGUCUGUUGGCUCCAGCCCCCCAGUGAAGAAUGCCAAUGCUUUCCCCAUGUUACCAAAGCAGCCCAUGUUAGGUGGGAAUCCAAGAAUGAUGGACAGUCAGGAAACUUAUGGCUCCAAUAUAGGUGGACCAACACGAAAUGUGACUGUGAACCAGACAGCUUCCUCAGGAGACUGGGGCGUACCAAACUCAAAGGCUGGCAGAACGGAGCCUCUGAACUCCAACUCCAUGGGAAGACCAGGAGCGGAGUAUAGCACUUCCUUACCCAGACCUGUGGUGGCCGGCUCUAUGCCCACCUUGCCCAUCCGAUCCAAUAGCAUGCCAGGCACGAGACCAAUGUUGCAACAGCAGCAGCAGCAGCAGCAGCAGCAACAGAUGCUUCAAAUGAGGCCUGGUGAGAUUACCAUGGGAAUGGGCGUCAAUCCUUACAACCAAGCAGCACCAUCUAACCAACCAGGCUCCUGGCCAGAUGGCAUGGUGUCUAUGGAACAAGGCCCUAAUGGGGCUCAAAACAGGUCACUUCUUAGGAAUUCCUUGGAUGAUCUCCUUGGGCCACCUUCUAACCUAGAAGGCCAGAGUGAUGAAAGGGCAUUGCUGGACCAGCUGCACACACUCUUAAGCAACACAGAUGCCACAGGCCUGGAAGAAAUUGACAGAGCUUUGGGCAUCCCUGAGCUUGUAAAUCAAGGACAAACUUUGGAGCCUAAACAGGAACCUUUCCAAGGCCAAGAAACAGCAGUCAUGAUGGAUCAGAAGACGGCACUGUACGGACAGACGUACCCAGCCCAGGGCCCUCCCAUGCAGGGUGGCUUUAAUCUUCAGGGACAAUCAGCAUCCUUUACCUCUAUGAUGAAUCAGAUGAGCCAGCAAGGCAACUUUCCUCUUCAAGGAAUUCAUCCAAGGGCCAACAUGAUGAGACCCCGGACGAACACCCCCAAGCAGCUUCGGAUGCAGCUCCAGCAGAGACUGCAGGGCCAGCAGUUUCUGAAUCAAAGCCGCCAGGCUCUUGAAAUGAAAAUGGAAAACCCUACUGGCGGGGGCCCUGCUGUGAUGAGGCCCAUGAUGCAGCCCCAGGUGAGCGCGCAGCAGGGCUUUCUCAAUGCCCAGAUGGUCGCCCAGCGAAGCAGAGAGCUGCUCAGUCACCACUUCCGGCAGCAGAGGAUGGCCAUGAUGCUACAACCCCAGCAGCCUCAGGCCUUUAGCCCACCGCCUAAUGUGACUGCGACCCCCAGCAUGGAGGGGGUUUUGGCAGGGCCUGUGAUGCCACAAGCACCGCCACAGCAGUUCCCGUACCCACCAAGUUACGGAAUGGGCCAACAACCUGACCCAGCCUUUGGUCGAGUGUCAAGUCCGCCUAAUGCAAUGAUGUCAUCAAGAGUGGGUCCCUCCCAGAACCCCAUGAUGCAGCACCCUCAGACGGCACCAAUGUAUCAGUCCUCAGAAAUGAAGGGCUGGCCAUCAGGAAACCUGGCCAGGAACAGCUCCUUUCCCCAGCAGCAGUUUGCCCACCAGGGGAACCCCGGGGCGUAUGGGAUGGUGCACAUGAAUGGCAGCGCUGGUCACAUGGGGCAGAUGAAUAUGAACUCCAUGCCCAUGUCCGGCAUGCCCAUGGGGCCUGAGCAGCAGAAGUACUGCUGA